UGACGAUCAGGACAUGGUUAUAGCGGAGAAGAUGUUAGGAGUUUUUAUACCGUUGACCCUCACGGUCCUGGUCAACGCCCAAUAUAGUCCUCUCUACCCAAAUUCUUAUACUUCUAAUGAAGUUUUUAUUUUACAUCUGGAAGACGGCUUCUUUGGCUGUCAACUCAACGAAUCCACUGAUAUACUCCAACUGUUCGAACUGUCAAAGCUCUGUGAUGGUGUUCCUAAUUGUUUUUAUGGCUCCGACGAGACAGAAUACAAACUUAAAUGUACAAAUAGAAAUUUUUGUCACCCGAAGAUGCCACGCUGCAUCAAUGGAGCCUGUUUAGAAAAUUUAUGUUACUGCAAUGAUGGAUAUGGUGGUAAAGGCUGCGAAAUGCCAGAUGAAAACGAAUGCAAGUACAGACCGUGUGACGUCUUUGCACAUUGUACUAACACAAUAGGCAGUUUCUAUUGUUCGUGUUUCCCUGGCUACGAAGGAGACGGAUUCGAUUGUCAUGAUAUCAACGAAUGUGAGAUCCCAUCUCUUGCUGCUGCCUGCGUUCCCAAUUCUGAAUGUUGCAACCUGCCUGGUCACUACGUGUGCAAGUGUUUAGCUGGGUUCACUGGCAACGGAACAGUAUCCUGCGUAGAUGUCGACGAGUGUUUGGAUCCGAAUUCGUGCGGAAGAGGUGCGGAAUGUCGCAAUAUUCAAGGUUCCUUUGAAUGCUUUUGCCCGCAAGGUUUUACAGGAGAUCCUUUUGAAGCUUGUUCUGAUAUGGACGAAUGUUCGCACCAACCUUGUGGUCCUAGAGCCAUCUGCACGAACACGAGAGGCGGCUAUCAGUGCUCUUGUCAGCCUGGUUACCAAGGGAACCCUACUCCCGAUCAAGGCUGUGUAGAUAUCGACGAAUGUAGAAAUCCAGGGUUUAGCUGUGGAUCUUUCGCUCAGUGUAUCAACACACCAGGAAGCUAUUAUUGCGAAUGCCCGCCAGGAUACACCGGAAAUCCAAAACUUGGCUGUGUUGACAUCAACGAAUGCCCUAAUUCAUGUGGCUUUAAUUCACACUGUGAAAAUACUCCUGGCAGUUAUCAAUGUAUUUGCAAACCAGGCUACAGGGGCGACCCCUAUUCUUCAGCAGGAUGCACAGACGAAGACGAAUGCCGCAAGCCUAACGCAUGUGGAGUCAAUGCAGAAUGUUACAACCUGCCGGGAUCUUACGAGUGUAGAUGUUUACCAGGUUACGCCGGAAAUCCAAAAGCCAUCUGUGCUGAUAUUGACGAAUGUUUACGCCAGUCUUGUGGAGAAAACGCCAUCUGUAAUAAUGUACCUGGGUCCUAUGUGUGUAAAUGUCGAGAUGGUUUCACUGGAAACGCAAAUGUCCUUUGUGACAGAGUUAGAGUAGACGUGCAGUGCCAAGGAAAUUUUGAAUGUACUGAAAACGCUGAGUGCAUCGGUGGUAUCUGUAGAUGCAGGAAUGGUUUCCAGGACAAAGGAAAAUACUGCACUGAUAUUGACGAAUGUACAAAAGUAAGAAACAUCUGUGGUCUCAAUGCAGUUUGUGUGAAUACGAUUGGUAGCCAUAGGUGCGACUGUAAAAAUGGGUAUGAAAAAAUACAACCAACAUCUGAAAGUCCCUGUAGAGAUAUUAACGAAUGUGUGUUCGGACGUUUCCCUUGUGGAAUCAGUGCAAAGUGCAUCAAUAAUGAUGGAGGGUAUCAAUGUGUUUGUCCUGACACGAUGGUUGGAAACCCAAAAGAUGCCUGUAGAUCACCUUGCUAUGACAUGGACUGUGGGCCUCAUGCCACGUGCCAGGUUAGUGGACGAGAAGCGAAUUGUGUCUGUGAAUUGGGAUUUACUUUUAUUCCAGGAAACAUUGGAGCAGGUUGUACAGAUAUUAACGAAUGUGACAACAAUCAUGGACCUUCUGGUCUGUGUGGUCAGGGUGCUCUUUGUACCAACGUUCCUGGUAGUUACCAUUGUAUUUGCCCACCAGGUUUUACCGGAGAUCCCUUUAGAUAUUGUGAAGACAUUAAUGAAUGCAACAGUCGAUAUGGUCCUAGUGGUCAGUGUGGUGAAGCGGCCAUCUGUGAGAAUACGCUUGGUAGUUUCUCGUGUUCCUGUCCUCACGGAUAUACUGGCAACGGCCGAGCUUUAUGUCGGGAUAUUAAUGAGUGUGCCCAGAGGUUUGGUCCAAAUGGAAGAUGUGGCAUUGGAGCCAUUUGCACCAAUACACAAGGAGGGUUUGAAUGUCGUUGCCCCCCUGGAACAGCUGGGGAUCCGUUCGGAAGAUGUAACACCUUGUACGAUUGUCACCAAGACAGUGACUGUAAAGGAAAUGCCAUUUGUAGAAACAAACAGUGCUAUUGUCCUGAGCCUAAUUUUGGGGAUUAUUGUAAACAUCCUUGUGAUACCAUUUUCUGUGUUGAUAAUGCUAAAUGUCAGCUGGACGUGUCUGGCAAUCCUCUGUGUGUAUGUUCUCCUGGAUAUACUGGCCGUAGUAACAGCUUACCAGGAUGUGUUGACAUUGAUGAGUGCUCUAGCCUCGAGAAAGCUUGUGGCAAAGAUGCCGUCUGUCGUAAUGUCCCUGGGACGUACGAGUGUAUUUGUCCUCAAGGAUUUACUGGGGAUGCUUACAGAGGUUGCAUUGAAGAAGUCCAAUGGGUCACUUGUUCAUCCACUGUGCCAUGUCCACCAAAAGAGGAAUGUGUUUACACAGGCAAAGGAAACACCUGUGUUUGUAAGAGAGGUUAUGCUAAAGAUCCAGUAACAGGUUCAUGUCGAG